CCAUGUCCAUUACUAUUAACUGCAAACGUGUAGCAAGUGCUGGGAGAUUCCUUUUUUUGUGCAAAAGUGUCAAACGGGUUAGCAAGAAAUAUUUAAGUUCAUACAUCAAGAAGGAUGUGGAGAAUUAUUCGAAGUAUUUUAAAAACUCCUGUUCCCUGAUACUGUCUUCUGGGACAGGGGGGACAGAGGCUUGUGAUUUCUGCAGCAUGCUGUACAAUAUGUACAUGAAGUACUUGUCAAAAUUGAAAAACAAGAAAAAUAUUAAAUACGAAGUGAUCGAUUUAAGUAAAAACGAAGUGGGGAUAAAAAAAGUGGAAAUAAAAAUAGAUGGAGAAUAUAGCUUUUACAAUUUCGUAUCAGAAAAGGGAAUUCACAGGAUGGUUCGCAACUCCCCAUUCAAUGCACAAAAUAAAAAAAUGACAUCCUUUGUAAAAGUCGAUGUGAUCCCCACACUAAGUUACAACGACACCAAUGUCAUAAACUUUUUAAACAUUGCAGAGAGUAGUUCGACCCCAUUGAAAAAAAACAUGAACAGUCGAAAUAUCAAUGUGAAUGAAAUUGCACUGAACAAAAGCGAUUUAGUCAUUCAGACUAUGCGGUCAGGAGGAAAGGGAGGACAAAAUGUUAACAAAGUUGAAACAGCUGUACGGAUUUUGCAUAAACCAACAAACAUUUCUGUGAAGGUAUCAAGUGAGAGGUCACAGAUUCUUAACAAACGAAUUGCAUUAAAAACGAUAUAUGAAAAACUCCUGUACUUACAGCUGGAAGCUUUGAAGAACAAAAAAUAUGAAUUUUCAAAUAAAAGCUUAACGCAUUUUGGGGAACAAAUUAGGAAUUAUAUUUUGUAUGGAAAUAAAAUGAUAAAGGACACACGGACGAAUGUCUCCUCGACCGAUGUCGAUAGGGUUUUGUCUCAGGGUGAAAUUGAGUUGUUUGUAGAUGCUUAUAAAAAGUAUCUUU